UCGCCGCGGCCGGAAGCGGAAGCGCCGAGCCAGGGCUGGGAGGGUGGCGGUGACGUGGAGGCGGACGAGACGGAGGGACCGGAGGCGCCCCGAGAUGCUCACCAAGUUCGAGACCAAGUCGGCCCGCGUGAAAGGGCUCAGCUUCCACCCUAAGCGGCCCUGGAUCCUCACGAGUCUGCACAAUGGCGUGAUUCAACUCUGGGACUAUCGCAUGUGCACCCUGAUUGAUAAGUUUGAUGAACACGAUGGGCCCGUUCGAGGCAUUGAUUUCCACAAGCAGCAGCCGCUCUUCGUCUCUGGAGGAGACGACUACAAAAUUAAGGUCUGGAAUUACAAGCUGCGCCGCUGUCUCUUCACCCUCUUGGGGCACCUGGAUUACAUCCGGACCACUUUCUUCCAUCAUGAAUAUCCAUGGAUCCUUAGUGCUUCUGACGAUCAAACCAUCCGCGUCUGGAACUGGCAGUCGAGAACCUGCGUUUGCGUGCUGACCGGGCAUAACCAUUACGUGAUGUGCGCAGAGUUCCACCCUUCAGAGGACCUGGUGGUAUCAGCCAGCCUGGAUCAGACUGUGCGCGUUUGGGAUAUUUCUGGCCUGAGAAAGAAGAAUCUCUCCCCGGGUGCUGUGGAGUCGGACAUCCGGGGGAUCACCGGCGUUGAUCUGUUCGGUACGACCGACGCGGUGGUGAAGCACGUCCUUGAGGGCCACGAUCGAGGCGUGAACUGGGCCGCCUUCCACCCCACCAUGCCGCUCAUCGUGUCCGGGGCAGAUGACCGGCAGGUCAAGAUUUGGAGAAUGAACGAGUCGAAAGCCUGGGAGGUGGAUACCUGCCGCGGCCACUACAACAACGUCUCCUGCGCCGUCUUCCACCCGCGCCAGGAGCUGAUCCUCAGCAACUCCGAGGACAAGAGCAUCCGCGUCUGGGACAUGUCCAAACGCACGGGCGUUCAGACUUUCCGCCGGGAUCACGACCGCUUUUGGGUCCUGGCGGCUCACCCGAACCUCAACCUCUUCGCGGCGGGCCACGAUGGGGGCAUGAUCGUCUUCAAGCUGGAGCGCGAACGCCCCGCCUACGCCGUGCACGGCAACAUGCUCUACUACGUCAAGGACCGUUUCCUCCGGCAGCUGGACUUCAACAGCUCCAAAGACGUGGCCGUGAUGCAGCUGAGAAGCGGGUCCAAAUUUCCCGUCUUCAACAUGUCCUACAACCCGGCCGAGAACGCCGUCCUCCUCUGUACGAGAGCCAGUAACCUGGAGAACAGCACCUACGACCUGUACACCAUUCCCAAGGAGGCCGAUUCCCAGAAUCCGGACGCUCCUGAAGGGAAGCGCUCCUCGGGGCUGACGGCCGUCUGGGUGGCUCGGAACCGCUUCGCCGUUCUGGAUCGCAUGCACUCGAUUCUCAUCAAGAACCUGAAGAACGAGAUUACUAAAAAAGUCCAGGUUCCAAACUGUGACGAGAUCUUCUACGCCGGCACCGGAAACCUGCUGCUGAGGGACGCCGACUCCAUCACCCUUUUUGACGUCCAGCAGAAACGGACUCUGGCCUCGGUCAAGAUCUCCAAGGUGAAAUAUGUCAUCUGGUCGGCCGACAUGUCCCACGUGGCCCUCCUGGCGAAGCACGCCAUCAUGAUUUGCAACCGGAAACUGGAAUCCCUCUGCAAUAUCCAUGAAAACAUCCGGGUCAAGAGCGGAGCGUGGGACGAGAGCGGGGUCUUCAUCUACACCACGAGCAACCACAUCAAAUAUGCCGUCACCACCGGGGACCACGGGAUCAUCCGCACUCUGGACCUGCCCAUCUACGUGACCCGGGUCAAGGGGAAUAAUGUCUACUGCCUGGACCGCGAGUGCCGCCCUCGGGUCCUGACCAUCGACCCCACAGAGUUCAAGUUCAAGCUGGCCCUGAUCAACCGGAAAUAUGAUGAGGUGCUUCACAUGGUGCGGAACGCCAAGCUGGUGGGCCAGUCCAUCAUCGCUUACCUCCAGAAGAAGGGCUACCCGGAGGUGGCCCUCCACUUUGUCAAAGAUGAGAAGACCCGCUUCAGCUUGGCCCUGGAGUGUGGGAAUAUCGAGAUUGCUCUGGAAGCCGCCAAGGCCUUGGACGACAAGAACUGCUGGGAGAAGCUGGGAGAAGUGGCUUUGCUCCAGGGGAACCACCAGAUCGUGGAGAUGUGCUACCAGCGCACCAAAAACUUCGACAAGCUCUCCUUCCUCUACCUGAUCACGGGAAACCUGGAGAAGCUGCGCAAAAUGAUGAAGAUCGCCGAGAUCCGGAAGGACAUGAGCGGGCACUACCAGAACGCCUUGUACCUGGGGGACGUGGCCGAGAGGGUGAGGAUCCUGAAGAACUGCGGUCAGAAGUCUCUGGCCUACCUGACGGCUGCCACGCACGGCCUGGAGGAGGAAGCCAUGAACCUGAAGGAGACCUUCGACCUGGAAAAGGAGACGAUCCCGGAGAUCGACCCAGACGCCCAGCUGCUCCAGCCGCCGGCCCCCGUCAUGCCACUGGACACCAACUGGCCCCUGCUGACCGUCUCCAAGGGCUUCUUCGAAGGCACCAUCGCCAGCAAAGGUAAAGGAGGGGCCUUGGCGGCCGAUAUUGACAUCGACACCGUGGGCACCGAAGGCUGGGGGGAGGAUGCCGAGCUGCAGCUGGAUGAAGGUGAGAUCUCGGGGGGUCAGACUAGAUGCCCCGAAGCCCUGGCGAAAGGCCAGGAGGAAGGCGGUGGAUGGGAAAUCGAAGAGGACCUGGACCUCCCGCCUGAACUGGACGUGGCGGCAGGCCCUGCCGGGGAAGCCGAAGACGGCUUCUUCGUUCCCCCCACCAAAGGGACCAGCCCUGCACAGGUCUGGUGCAACAAUUCGCAGCUGCCGGUGGACCACGUCCUGGCAGGGUCCUUCGAGACGGCCAUGCGGCUCCUCCACGACCAGGUGGGCGUGGUGACCUUUGCCCCCUACAAGCCGCUCUUCCUGCAGACCUUCGCCCGGGGCCGCACCGCCUACCAGGCUCUGCCCAGCCUCCCCGCCAUGUACGGGUACCCCCACCGCAACUGGAAGGAAGCCGGGUUGAAAAACGCCCUCCCGGCCGUCGGCCUGAAGCUGAACGACCUGAUCCAGCGCCUGCAGCUGUGCUACCAGCUGACCACGGCCGGCAAGUUCGAGGAGGCCGUGGAGAAGUUCCGCGCCAUCUUGCUGAGCGUCCCGCUGCUGGUGGUCGACAACAAGCAGGAGAUUUCCGAGGCGCAGCAGCUGAUUGCCAUCUGCCGGGAAUACAUCGUGGGCCUCUCCAUGGAGAUCGAGAGGAAGAAGCUGCCCAAAGAGACGCUGGAGGAGCAGAAGCGCAUCUGCGAGAUGGCCGCCUACUUCACCCACUCCAACCUGCAGCCGGUCCACAUGAUUCUGGUCCUGCGCACGGCCCUCAACCUUUUCUUCAAGCUCAAGAACUUCAAGACGGCCGCCACCUUCGCUCGCCGCCUCCUGGAACUCGGACCCAAGCCCGAAGUGGCCCAGCAGACGCGGAAGAUCUUGACGGCGUGCGAGAAGAACCCCACCGACGCCUACCAGCUCCACUACGACAUGCACAACCCCUUCGACAUCUGCGCCGCCUCCUACCGGCCCAUCUACCGGGGGAAGCCGGUGGAGAAGUGCCCGCUCAGCGGGGCCUGCUACUCCCCGGAGUUCCGCGGCCAGAUCUGCAGAGUCACGACUGUGACCGAGAUCGGCAAGGACGUCCUUGGUCUCCGAAUCAGCCCCUUGCAGUUCCGCUGAGCUUGCCCCGGGGCCCUUAUCUUUUUUCAUUCAGCUUCUUCCUUGGCUGCCUCUUUCAAACCCUCCUCCCUUUUACUGUUGGUGGGCCCUUAUC